CUUGAAAGUAAUUACAACAACACAGAAUAGAUUAAUAAUACUGCAAUAAGCUACGAUAUAGGAGAGAGGACUGAAAGAAACCAGUUUUUCUUAUGAGAACCAGUUUAUAGAGCGAGUGAAAGUUGACAGACGAAAAAAUGGAUGUUGUUUCAUUUAGUCAUUAUCUGAGUUACAGUGUCAUUUUGACGAGUCUCUUUGUUAAAGUACCUCAAAUCUUAUCUGUCUUAAAUGCAAGAAGCACAAAGGGAUUAAGCUUAAGCAGCGUAUUGCUGGAAGAAAUAGGAUAUUCAAUUUUGUUGACCUAUAAUUUUGCUCUGGGCUAUCCUCUUGCUUCCUAUUUUGAAUACACUGUGCUGGUUCUGCAAGAUUUCAUUUUGAUAAUUGCAAUUCUUCACUUUGAUGGUCUUCUAAAAAUCCACAUCUUGCCAGCCUUUCUGUUAUAUUUCCUUGUGUACACUGGAAUAGCAUUGAGAUGGUUCCCGGAUUUUGUCCUUACAACUGUUAUUGGCUUGGUGACUCCAUUGUCCUUUAGCAGUAAAUUUGCUCAGAUAAAGCUACUGUACACCAGUAAGAACCCUGGACAGGUCAGUCUGGCCACCUGGGGCCUCGUCGCCUAUGGAGCCACGGCACGUGUAGUGACGUCAUGCGUUUUGACGGGGGACCCCGGGGUGAUACUGAACUUUUGCGUGGCUGCGUCCAUGAAUGUAUUCAUCUCCUGUAUGAUCGUGUAUUACAGACAACAAGCCAAAGCGAAGAAAGAGUAGAUCUGUAUAUUACAUGUAUAUAUACAGAGUAACUGUGCAGUACGUUUUUUUUUACGGCAAAUAUCACUGAAACUACUGGAUAGUGCAAAAAAUGUACUUACUGCAUGGUUUCCGAUAUUUUAUUGAAUUUUUUAAUAUAAGUGAAAAAUGAACAGAAAGAAAAACAUUCAAAAGCAAUUGCUUUUGAUAUCUCAAGUUACAACAACAUAUACAAGAUUGUUUUGAUUUAGAUUUUUGUAACAAAAUUUUACACAGGGAUUUUUGAAAGCGAUGUACUCAUUUAAUACGCAAUUUUAUAUAUAGAGUUUUUAUAGUUAUGUUUGAUUGAUGAGUGUUAGUAUACUUGGGUAUGGUGCUUAAUGUUUGGAUUUUUUUAAGCUAAAACAAUAAAUGUUUUGUAAUAUUUCA